UGUAUCACUUAUCCUGAUAGCCACGGUUCCCCUAGGACCUGUCUGUCCUCUCAGAGAGGGGCGGACCAAUCACAUGCUCAAGGCUGGGUGGUUGUCCCUUUAAAGCACCUGUCUUCAUAACACCUGGCAGACGAGAGAGAGAUAAAAGAGCCGCCUCAUCUGUGGAUCUGACAGAUCAUCACUAAUGACAAGAGGAAGACGAAGGAAUCAGCGGAGACAAGAUGCCUAGAUCUUUUUUGGUGAAGAGCAAAAAAGCGCACAGCUACCAUCAGCCACGGUCUUUGGAAGAUGACUACAACAGACUAGAUACUAUUUUAACUCAAAUAUGUGCAGAAAGCAAAACCGCAGACGAGUUGGAGUGCAGUACGGAUGCCUUGACAAGCGACACGACUGGUGCCUGUUCACCGGACUCUCACCUGGCGGAUCCAGCUGAUCUUUCCUCAAAGUCUCCUCUCAGCUGUGGUGGAAGCGUCUGCGACCGCUCCUCAGAUUACGAGGACUUUUGGCGACCUCCGUCACCAUCAGCAUCACCCGCAGAGUCAGAAAAAUCCCUUUCGCCCUCCGUUGAGGAAACGCAGCCCUUCCCCGUCCCCUUCAGACCUUACGCAUGGAGUAGUUACUCUGGAUGUGAAAUCAGACAGCUGAUUUCCAACCAUCGCCGCUCUCUGGAACUAGAAAGGCCUAGUCCACCAACCUAUUAUAAUGACCGAGUGGCCGAGCCUUCUCUUUUCACGGAACGAGGAACUGGCACAGGCAUUUACAACAGUUAUAGCUCCAGUGCCAGCCUAUUCGAGCGCGCAUCUGCCGCACUUUACGAUGACAGCAGUGUAAUGGUAAAAGGAGCUGAGAUGAAGGCCAGCUCCGAUGUGAUGUGCAGUCGUCUCCUGCUAAAUGGCGCAUACAAAUGUAUCAAAUGUAGCAAGGUGUUUUCUACACCACAUGGCUUGGAAGUUCACGUCCGCAGAUCGCACAGUGGAACGAGACCGUUUGGAUGUGACAUCUGCGGGAAAACGUUUGGUCAUGCGGUCAGCCUAGAGCAACACAGAGCUGUUCAUUCACAGGAAAGAAGUUUUGAUUGCAAAAUUUGCGGGAAAAGUUUCAAAAGAUCAUCGACUCUGUCCACUCAUCUCCUGAUACACUCCGAUACACGACCCUAUCCGUGCCAGUAUUGCGGGAAGAGGUUUCAUCAGAAAUCAGAUAUGAAGAAACACACAUUCAUUCACACAGGAGAGAAGCCACACAAAUGUCAAGUGUGUGGGAAAGCUUUCAGUCAGAGCUCCAAUCUGAUAACCCACAGUCGAAAACACACUGGAUUCAAACCGUUUGGAUGUGACCUCUGCGGCAAAGGAUUCCAGCGCAAGGUCGAUUUAAGAAGACACAAGGAAACACAACACGGACUGAAAUGAGGAAACACCUUUACGGACCCAGGACUUUACCCAACACUAUUAAACAACUCGUCUGAACUUUGUUAGGUUUCUCAGAUUUAACAUUCAACCAACAUUAAAUCAGUUUUAAAGAAGGCUUCGAAUAGAGUUUACAAUAGUUGUAGAGGGCUGUUUAUCCUUUGUGUGAUUUGCCUACGAGUCAGCAGCAGGCCAGCAGGUCUGGCAGCUUUCAUGGUGAUGUUGUACAGGCUAUAUAGGAUAUCUUGAUUCGAAUCAAUCGCCCGCUGCAAAUACUUGCAGGGCAUGGUGUCUGAAACCAAAAUAUUAUCACCAAAAUAAUCAGGGAAGAAAUAUAACCGCCGCGAGAAAGGACAUUGUAUCACCCAAAAUAUCAGCUGAAGGAGAGAAAAAUCACCGCACCUCAAAAGAAUGCCACUUUGUUUUUAACGCUGCAGAGGGAAUGCUGGCACUACAAUAAACUGCGUGAUUUGAUCAACUAAAGGAUUGUUUGUGUACUGCUGCCCAACCUAAUAUUGGGCAUUUUAGCAACUGGUCGAGCUUUUACCACAUCUGACACAGCCUUAAGUUUCAUCCUCUAGUAGAAGAUUCGUUUUCUUGAGGAUAAAUAUAUAAAAAAUACUUUACGCAAUUGUCUAGAGCCU